UGUAAAUGGAGGCAGUCUUAAAACCCUGCAUCAUUUUUUUAGUUCAUACUUCAAGCCCAAGAAUGACACUUGCUCAGAAUCAGAAGCUGGGAAAGAGAUGAAAAUGCUUCCACGUCUUGUCAGGACAUCCGCCGCCGCCGUGCGCCUCUUCUCGGCAGAAGCUGCUACGGCGGCGGCGGUUAUGAAGCCCACGGCCGCAGAAGAUGGCGGUGGAGGCAUGAUAAGCACGAGAAAGGGAGGCAAGGAUACUCUUGGGAGGAGGCUUUUAAGUCUUGUGUACUCAAAGCGUAGCGCCGUAAUCACUAUCCGGAAAUGGAAGGAAGAAGGUCACACCGCACGCAAGUAUGAGCUCAACCGUGUUGUGAGGGAGCUUCGAAAGCUUAGGCGUUACAAGCACGCGCUUGAGGUCUGUGAGUGGAUGAGGAUACAAGAUGAUAUCCACCUUUUAUCCGGCGAUUAUGCUGUCCAUUUGGACUUGAUAUCAAAAGUCCGUGGCAUGAAUAGUGCCGAGAAAUUCUUUGAAGACAUUCCCGAGGACAUGAUAGAUUAUUCCACAUGCAGUGCCCUUCUCCAUUGUUAUGUGCAAGAAAAAGACACUGUUAAAGCUGAGGCUCUUCUGGAAAGAAUGUCCGAAUGUGGUUACUUGAAUCACCCUCUCCCUUACAACCACAUGCUUUCUCUAUACAUAUCAACUGGGCAUUUGGAGAAGAUCCCGAACACGAUUCUUGAGUUAAAGAAGAAUACUAAACCGGAUCUCGUGUCUUACAACCUCUGGUUGGCUGUCUGUUCAUCCCUGAAUGAUGUCGAAACUGCAGAACAGAUAUUUCUUGAGCUGAAAAAGGCCAAAAUAGAUCCAGAUUGGGUCACAUUCAGCACAAUGAGCAGUAUCUAUAUCAAAAGUUCACAAAACGAAAAGGCAGAGUCGACUUUGAGAGAAAUGGAGAAAAAUGUCUUUAAAAGGACCCGUGUUGCUUUUCCAUCUCUUGUUAGUUUGUAUACACAUGUGAAAAGUAAAAACGAGGUUCAACGUGUUUGGAAGAAGAUGAAAUCUAUUUACCACAAGUUAAAUGAUUCAGAAUACACUUGCAUGAUAUCUUCAUUGCUGAAACUUGAUGAUUUUGAAGGCGCUUUGAACACAUAUACUGAAUGGGAAUCUGUUUCUGUGACCAAGGACACCAGAAUCUCAAAUUUAGUUCUCGCAGCUUACAUCAAGAAUGAUCAGCUGGAUAUGGCAGAGAGUUUCAAAGAACAGAUGGUUCAGAAGGGAAUCCCUCCUAGCUAUACAACCUGGGAGCUAUUUACGUGGGGGUAUAUUAAACAUAAGAAGAUGGAUGACGUUCUGACUUCGUUCAAGAAAGCCAUUGCUUGUGUCAAGAAGUGGGACCCUGAUGUGAAGAUUGUACGAGAGAUGUUUGGUCUACUUGAAGAGCAAGGUAAUGUUGGAUUGGCAGAGGAUUUGAUAGUUAUACUUCGUCGAGCUGGUCAUGUGAACACAGAGGUGUAUAAUUUGCUUCUGAGGACUUACAAGAAAGCUGGUAAAAUGCCACUCAUUGUUGCUGAACGGAUGAAGAAAGAUGAUGUGGAAAUGGAUGGAGAGACUGAAGAGCUAAUUAGGUUAACUAGCAUGAUGUGUGUAACUGAAGUUCCUAACCAUCUAUCUUAGGGCUUGUUUGGUUGGGGCAUUUUGCAGGGGACAUGGAGGGUUAGGCGAGGGUUGUUUUUUUGUUUUUUAUAAAGUAUUUCUGUUUAAUAGUCUUAUACUAGAUAAUGACUAUCUAGUUAUACUAUUUAUUUCAAUUUAAUCAUUUUAUCUCUCAAUUUCCCCCCUACCAUGUAUAAAUGUAAGAAUAGAUUAUAACAUUUUUAUCAGUCAUCCAGUGCUGCCACUUCCUCCCCUCCGUAAUCUCCUAACCAAACAAGGGUUAGCUUUCUGUUUUGAAUCAU